AUGACAUGCUUACUGAGCCUGAGAACACAACUGCGAACAGAGUAGUUUGGUGCGUCGGCAAAAGACACAACGUCGAUAGAUGGGAUAAAACGUAAGGAUUCUCCCACAACAAAUACAGCACCAAAAUGCCAAACUGGGGAGGAGGUAACAAGUGUGGUGCAUGCCAGGGGACGGUGUACCAUGCCGAGGAGGUGCAGUGUGAUGGGAAGAGCUUCCACAAGUGCUGCUUCCUCUGCAUGGUCUGCAGAAAGGGUUUAGACAGCAACAAUGUGGCCAUCCACGACACUGAGAUCUACUGCAAGUCCUGCUAUGGAAAGAAGUACGGCCCCAAGGGCUACGGCUACGGUCAGGGGGCUGGAACACUCAACAUGGACCGUGGAGAGAGACUGGGGAUCAAACCAGAGGAGACCCAGUGUCACAGACCCACCACCAAUCCCAACUCCUCCAAAUUCGCCCUGAAGUUUGGGGGCUCGGAUAAGUGCGGCCGGUGUGGGGAGUCAGUGUAUGCCGCGGAGAAAAUCGUGGGGGCAGGCAAGCCAUGGCAUAAGAACUGCUUCCGGUGUGCUAAGUGUGGGAAGAGCCUGGAGUCUACCACCCAGACAGAGAAAGAUGGAGAGAUCUACUGCAAAGCAUGUUACGCAAAGAACUUUGGACCCAAAGGAUUUGGUUAUGGCCAGGGAGCUGGGGCUCUGGUGCAUGCCCAAUGAUGACCACCAGACACCCUCAAGACAAUGCCCUUUGUGUAUUUCUGACUGUGAAAACCGCUGUACUCAAGUGCCUAUGCUUCUGUGUUUUUUUUUUAGAGGGUGGGGGAGGAUUUACCAUUUACAAAUACAAAAAACAACUUAAGUGUGAAAUAUAAUCAGAACAAUUAACCCUAGAAGAAAACACAGGAGAGCAACACAAAUCUGUAUUUUCACAUUUUAAUGUAUUUUAUUAUUAAAGCCAUUAAAAUUGAA